UUCUCCUUCUGGCCUCAUGUCAUCAUAGUCAACAACAGCAGGACUAACCAGGAAAAUAGGUGAAAAAUGAAAGACCUUUCACAGGAGAUCAGUUGAUGGAGAAGAUGGAAGGAAGGAGGUGUUUGUGAGGUGAUGAGGAACCAAAGUCACUCCUGUUUAUUCAGUCUAACAUAGUCAUGGACCUACAGCCACGUACCGACCUACAAAGAUAUAAGAAUCGAAUCACUAACGCACAUGUAUAAGUGUGGGUAUGUCUGUGUCUUGUUUCCGCAUCUCUCUCUGUAUCACUUCCGCCUCUCGCCACGCUGCUUCCCGUUGUCAUGGAGACACUGUGUUGCUGAAAGCCGCUGAGUGAAGAUUUAAAGAGGAGCAGGUCGAACCCAGGGGAGGCGUUACUGCACGUACGGGCGUCCCCUUUGACCCGUGUGACAUCAUCACGCGAUGGCCUCCCAGCAGCGUGAUGUCAUCAAUUUCUCUGCUCUGGAACGCGAGGUGCAGGUGGCGUUGGAGUCCGAUCGUCGACACCAGCGAGAGAACGCUGCUAAAGUCCGGGCGGUAGAACAGAGAGUCGCCACCUACGAGGAGUUUAGAGGCCUGGUCUUGUCAUCACACCUGAAGCCCCUGGAGAGGAAGGACCGCGAAGGAUCCACACGAAAACAGCCGUGGAACACUGCCGUCAACAACAAGUGAUGUUUUCUGUCCGUGGCAACAAUGGACGCCAGAUCAGUUGUGAACCCUUUUAAUGUUUUUUUCCAUAUUCAUCUCUAAGCUCAUCAGGAACUUUACCUGGGUAACAAAUUGGACUGCUAAGUUACUCACUAGUUUAGCUUGAUAGUAAACAUUAGCCCUAGCCAGAAAU